GGUUGGUCUCCACACACAUCUUUUAAUCUUGAAGAUUUCAAAAUACGCCUGAAUCUCCCACUUUUUUGGAAAACUCCCAGUACCAAGCAAUAAAUUACCCACCGUGCUCUUGUUAUAGCAUAGAAGCUCUUGAGUUCUCCAGAUCUAAACAAGACUUCCUCCUGUUUUUCCAUGAAGCCACAUUGUUGCCUGUUCACUUUAGUGGUGAGUGUUACUGUGCCAGCUGCUUUUGUUUUGGAAGAUGUAGGCUUCACCCAAAUGGCCCCACUGGGAACAGAUCGUAGUUCCUUCAAUUCAUCAUUUCCUCCAAGCUUUGAGCUCUCAGGUUCCCACUCAGGGGAUGAUGUCAUCAUAGCCAAAGAGGGAACUAGUGUUUCACUCAAGUGUCUUCUCACAGUCGACCACUAUGAAGAUGUCCAUUGGUAUAACUCAAAAGGACAGCACCUGGAUGGCAGAGGCAGAGGUGGAAAAUGGUUGGUUUCUGAUAACUUCCUGAAUAUCACCAGUGUAGUCUUUGAUGACCGAGGGCUCUAUACAUGUUUCGUCAGCUCUCCAGUUCAUGCCUCCUACUCUGUCACCCUGCGUGUUAUCUUCACCUCAGGAGACAUGAGUGUCUACUACAUGAUUGUUUGCCUGAUUGCCUUUACAAUCACCCUCAUCUUGAAUGUCACACGGCUGUGCAUGAUGAGCAGCCAUCUUCGUAAGACUGAGAAGGCUAUCAAUGAAUUCUUCAGAACUGAAGGGGCUGAGAAACUUCAGAAGGCCUUUGAGAUUGCAAAGCGCAUCCCCAUCAUCACCUCAGCCAAGACUCUGGAGCUCGCCAAAGUCACACAAUUUAAGACCAUGGAGUUUGCUCGUUAUAUUGAAGAAUUGGCAAGAAGCGUCCCUCUUCCGCCCCUUAUUCUAAACUGUCGAGCCUUUGUUGAGGAGAUGUUUGAGGCUGUGCGAGUGGACGACCCUGAUGACAUGGGAGAAAGAAUUAAAGAGAGACCAGCCCUGAAUGGUCAAGGUGGCAUCUAUGUCAUUAACCCAGAGAUGGGCCGGAGUAAUUCACCAGGAGGAGAUUCGGAUGAUGGUUCUCUGAAUGAACAAGGCCAGGAGAUAGCAGUUCAGGUUUCUGUCCACCUUCAGUCAGAAACCAAAAGUAUUGAUACAGAUUCUCAAGACAGCAGUCAUUUUAGCCCACCUGAUGAUAUUGGAUCUGCCGAAUCAAACUCUUACUCCAAAGAUGGGACAUUGGAAAGCCGUCAGUUGUGAGCUAUGCCGGUACCUAAAAAAAAAAAAAGCUCUCACAAAAGGAACCUGUUUCAUGCAGGAAAUAACAUUUUUACCAAAAGAUAACUGGGGGUUUCCCCCUUGUUAAUAUUAAGCACAUCAGAAUGUGAAUUAUUGCCAAAAUCUUUGUAAAAAUUCAGUGUUUUUCAUACCUGAUAUUUCUCAGCUUGAUUAAAUGACACAUGUUAAGAUUUAAAGGAGUUUGAGAGGUAAGCAUAAUGGACAAAGUACCACACUAAGAGUUCCAUGGCUUCUCUUCUGGUCGUGGUUCUUCCAAUGGUUAGGGCUGACACCGUGAGGCCUCAGUUUUCCCACCGGUAAAAUGGGGGAUUUGCAUUAGAUGAUAUCUAAAGUCAUUUCUAGCCCUCUAACUUACCUGUCCCUUUUAAACCACCAGAAUCAUUAGC